AAAGAUCAUUUAUAUUCAUUCCAUCACUAGAUAUUGCAAUUACUCGUGCGCGAACAUGGGUUUCACAGCGAGCCAAGCGAAGCAACUAGCCGAGCUGAGCAGGCGCCAUCUUAAUGCUCAUGAAACCCAUCUUGCUUCGGUCACCAGGACAAAGUAUCGGCCCAACCAUGGCGAUGCUGUGUUGGUGCAAUUCAUGCCCGGUGGUGAACAUUCUGAUAUUGCACGCGACGCAGGAGAUGAGCCUGGAAAUUCCAUCGAAUUCGACGAGGAAUUGAAGUCAAUACAAGACUCAAAACUAGCCUCAAUGGAAGCCUCAGCACAAGCUUCCUUCAAUACGGAAGAUAGGAAAUUGGAUUAUAGCAAGGCCAAGAAGAUUUCGCUGAGAGUUACGGACCAUUCCACCAAUACGACAGACUCAUACGAUAUCAGUCAGGCAAUUCCAGACGAAGGAGCCACCGAAAUGCAGGCAAGAACUUCGUGUAAGAAUUGCGUGCGACUAAAACACAGGUGUGACCAGACUUUGCCCAAGUGUUUGAGAUGCGUCAAGUAUGGGCGUGUCUGUGGGGGGUACGGUCCUAACAGCACGAACUGGUGGGGAGCAGAUGGAGACAAUCCAGAAACUUUGGGACCAGACAACGAGAUUGCCGAGCACAGCCAAGGACCUACACCCAUCUCAUCAACCUCCUUUCGUCCAAGUAAAUGGGAAUGGGACGCUGCAGUAGAGACUGACUCACUGGUCGACAUGCAGACGAGCACGUUCAGAAAUGUGUACUACAAUACAGCUCAUUAUAACAAUCCCGAUUUCCAGCCAGAGGAGUGGACCCCAGAGCUGGAGGAUACUGAAAUAAGAAAAGGCAGAAAGAAAACAAAUACGCCCUUGCCAUUCGCCUUUCCAAUAUCACCAACGCCAAAGAUAUACCGAUCAAAUGUUGAUGGUCAAAUUGGCGGGACAUCAGAUGCUCCUGUGGUCCAAGGAGCCAAUUUGGGAGAUCGGUUUGAGUUUGAGGAGAUGUCUUCAGAGCUAGAUGGGCCACUACCGGAGUUCACGUCGCCGUGGGAAACUCAAGGCAUCGAGGAACACACUGCCGAAGAUGUAGGUGAAGAUGCCAUGUACAGUGAAGAUGUAUCUGUGGGCGUCAGAGGUCGAGCAGCGCCCCCGGGCGGUUGUCACAGCUGCAAUCGCCAGGAAAGUUUUGAAUGGAGACGAGGUCCAGACGGUAAUCGUACCCUCUGCCAAGAGUGCGGAGCCCAUUAUGAGCACUUUAUGAGCAAACACAUCCCCAAGCCGGUUUCCCGAUGCUCUUCAAUUGAUUCCAUCGCCGACAGCCUCUGGUCUUCGAUGACGGGUUCGUCCAUGUCGUCAGUAGCUGGAUCUCAAGCAACGAGUGAGCGUCUUGUCGCGCUCCUUCUGGCCGAUAGCAUCUUGAAAGACAUGUUUGCUGAAGCGCUGGAGGUCUUUGACCGUGAUAAGUUCGAGCGCAACCUGCGGCGGUUGUUAAAGGAUUUUGCAAGUGAACUGCGAAAAGAAGCGGGAACAGCAUCGCAACGACAGGCGGCCCAGUUUGUUCGCCUUCGGGCGAGAAACUCGGCAUAUAUGAUUUGCAACAGUAUCUUCAAACAGGGAAAGCCGAGACCGAAAAUUGUGGUGGAGCAGGAAGACUCAGAAGAGACAGAUUCAGAUGACAAUGAUGAUGAUCUGGACGAUAUGCGCCCACUUGAACUGUUUAUUAAAACGUCAGAGUCGAUUUCACAACUGCGGGAAAACCUCCGAAACUUUAUUCAUCCACUUGACCACCAAGCAGAACAGGAGCAACGAACGAGGGAGAAAGAAGUUGGUCUAGAGCAAAUCAAACUUGAGUCGUCCGAAGAAAAGAGAGACUCCCAAGCCGACCACCAAAGAUUGAUUGAACAUAGUAGCCUAGACGCAAAGUUCAGCUCAAAGGUUGGCGAUCUGUCCGUCGAAGGUGAUCUUAGAGAUGAAGUUAGUCCCCAAGGCACAGAAGAAAGAGUAGCAGCUCAAAUAGAAAAUAUGACGAACCAGGUUGAAGACAGAUUUGCGAAUUCGCAAGGUCAAUCGAACCACGAAGUGUCUGAACUUGAGGACCACUCUAGAAAGGCAAUUUCGAGAUCUUCAUCAUUGGGCUCCGUUGCUGACAGUACAUUCUCGGAGGCGAGAGGAUCGAUCGCGCGCUCUGGGCACACCACGGGUGCAACAGCUGAUGAUGAUGACGAGAUGAUCGAACUGGGCAACGGCGAAUCUGAUAGUGAUGGCGAGCACUUGUUAUCAGAAAAUGAAUCCAGAGAACAGACUGAAGACACCUCAGAGUUCAGUCCUGCGAAAAGUCCGCAAAAGUCCUGGACCUGGGUCGAGUCGUUCCAAAUCGUGAUUGGCAAAUUCUUCGUGCUGAACAAGACAACAAUUCCCAAGGGGAAAAAGAGAAUUGAAUGGACAUGUCAAUGCGGCCAUGAAGUUUGGGAUGACUUCAAAGAAAUCGUUCCUGGAGCUGCUCAGCAAUACCGGAACCUGCUCGACAGCGGCAAGCCCGCGAGGAACCAUAAACGAGGGCCCCGGUUGUCUCUACAGACCUGGAGUGGCGACUUGCCCUUCGCUGCACAGACAGCGGUAUUAAUAGUAUGUACUGGCCUCUCCUGGUUGACUAGUCACGGUGGCGAGUUUGCAAAGGCAAGGAAGGCGCAGUGGUCCCUUAACGCGAUAUUCACCAUGUUGCUUCUCGACUGCGCCCCAAUGGUGCUGCUUUUCUGGUUCUGCUUCCUGGAGCGGAGGAGAGUCCCGAGUAGUCGUGGCGAGGUUCUGGAACAUCCCGCCGGUGUCAAGAGUGAACCACAGGAGCUUUUGAAUGAAUGCUCUUCGACUUUGGCCACAGCUCAGCCCCCGAAAAAGACCACAAGAGAAGAUGUAGCAGCAUGGCUAUUUUUUGGCCUCGGUUUAUGCGGAGUCUUGAUUUCGCUAUUCCCGGUGUUGGUUACAGUAUGCCAGCUGUGGAUGACCUUGGGCUUUGACCUCGGGCGAGGCUACAUCACACCACAGAACGAACUGGUCCUGCGAGCUGUCAAAAUGUGGCUUAAUCUGAUGAUUACCGUCUAUGGACUAGUUGCGAUUUUGGGUAUUCUAUGCGCAUGGACUAAAACCCCAAUUCGAUUGCCUAUUGUCGUAUCAGCUUUAGGCAGGAAGGCUUGGACAAGCAGCACCGCGACCUUUGGAAAACUCACCCGGUCCCUAUCAAGCGGCCUGGGGAGCAUCAAAAGCGCGCUGUCAUUCAGUUCAUUCGGCUCACCCAGAUCCACAAGUAUCGAUCUUGAACGACAGCCGCGAGCCUUCGACGUCGAAGCAGCUACCCAGACGGCCACGCCAGCUGGGCCACCGCGAGAGCUCCUGUUCCUCCUCCUCUGCUACAGCGAAGGCCGCUACGCAACUAGACUCAUGCAGCUGGACUUGGCAACGUUGAAUGCGACAUCUGACCGGGCAUUAUUCCAGAUCCUCCAGGACAACUACUACUCCAUGCGCGGACGAUGGCUUUCCAAGUUCUCAAUCCGAACGCUCGCUUCAAUCAAAUUUGUGAACUUCGAAAUGUAUCCUAGCGAGCCAGAAACCGUCGAUGUGAGAAAGGUUGACGAUAUCCCACCUCCAGAGAACGAGCAGUACAGAUACGCUCCAGUUCCUAUCGAUGUAAUACCACCUGUCGGCGACAACCACCUCAUGCACUUCUUCCACAAUCCAACCUGCGCAGCAAAUAACCCCAUAUACCUCCCACGUUUCCCGAAGAAGCUAAAAGAGAAACUCCUCUGCAAUGGCGGCAUCAAUCCAGGCUGGGGCUUGCAGUUCGUUGAAUAUUGGGAUAUGAGUCGACUGUGGCUGCCAGCUUUGCUCGUCUUCGGGUUAGGGAGUCUGGUAUUUGGCAUAACUUGGGCGGUGAUGCAGCGUAGUAUUCAGGACGCCUUUUCGGUGGCAGGGUAUAUCGUUGCGUUUGCGACGUUGAGCUUAGGGAGUUUACAAGCGAGUUUGGUUAUGUGAACAUGACGAUGAAAUGGGGCGGGCCCUUAAUUUAAUUUUAUUCGAUUCUCUAUGUAUAUACUUCUUGGUACCUGCUCCCCGGAAAGCAGGGUUGCUAUGCUCUAGCCCCGGCGCUUGCAAUAGGCCUGUAAUUGGUUGCUAUUCUUUUAUGAGUUUAAUUAAGUAUAAUAAUAGUCUUGCC